AUGUCCGGCAAAGUGAAGAGUCGGAGCGCGGCGAACGCGGACUCGGUGCCGGGCAGCGUAUCCUGCGACGAGCGUAUCCUCCGGGACUGCCACAACAUGUACACCCAGCCGGACAGCGGACUAAUAACAAUAGCCCAGUCUGUUGGGGUGACCCUGCUGCCACCUCGUAAAAAGAUUACAGUGAUGCUGAUGGGGAACCACUCAGCUGGAAAGAGCUCUUUUAUUAACUGGUAUAUAGAGGAGCACAUACAAAAGACUGGAGUUGCAAUUGAGACCCAGGGCUUCACUUUUGUUACCAGUGGUCGUAAGAGGGAGUCACUUACGGGUAAUGCAACCCUCCACCUGUAUCCUCACUUUAAACCUCUUCAGGAGUUUAAAGGCGUGUCUGAGUAUCUUGGCACUGAGAUCUGCACUUCUCGGCAGAAGCGUUUCAGCUUGGUGACAUUUGUGGACACUCCUGGACUGGUGGACGGUGAUAUGAAGUACCCCUUUGAUGUGGACCAGGCCGUUCUUUGGCUUGGUGAUUUGUGUGAUCUGAUCUUGGUCUUCUUUGACCCGAUGGGGCAGGCUCUGUGCAAACGUACACUCAACAUUGUGGAGAUGCUCAAUGAAAAGCAUGGAGAUCGUCUCCGCUUUUACCUCAGCAAAGCUGAUGAAGCUGGAGGAGAGUCUGACAGACAGAGGGUGAUGAUGCAGAUUGUGCAGGAGCUGUGCAAACGCCCAGGACUCAACAAGUGUGGUUUUGAUAUGCCCACUAUUUAUGUCCCAAAUCCCAACAAGCCCAGUCGGUGUGUCAAUCAGAUUGAGGAAGUGUGUCGCACCAUAGAGAAGACCAUCAACCAGACAGUACAGAACACACUCAACUCCCUGGAGAAGGACUGUGAGCUCAUCUCUGAGGCAAUUACAGACACACUCAACAAUGACCGACAGUGCAGUGUGGAGAAUCGGCGGGCUCGCUGCAAGGGCUGUGCUCUGGGUCUGCUGGGCUUCACUAUUCCCUUACUGAUGCUGGCAGCCCUGGUGCUUGGCAGCCUCUCCAAGGAGGUGCUGGACCUGGUACUAGGAGCUGAUGGCACUGAGGCCCUCUCACUAUAUCUGGCUCCUGUAGUGAGGGCGUUUGAGUCCGUGUCAGGGGAGAUGCAGCUGUAUAUUUGUGGUGGUCUUGUGCUCCUCUCCUUUAUCCUCCUUAUCCUCUCUCGCUUCUCCUCCCGCACUAAGCCUACUCUUUCAGGAAAACAAAAGCGGCAGUUGCAGGAAAAGCUAGAGUAUGUGCAGGAGGUCGUGAAGUCUAAAAAGAAGGAGCUGUAUGAGGAGUACCUCCGGCAAAGUGUUGGUGACCAGGAUAUGAACUAAGAUGAGAUUGGAUUGGAAGGUCUAACUGAUGACUGAAAAGAUGGCUGUAAAGCAAAGAACAUUUGAAGGAGUAGUAGAAAGGAAACCACUAAAGCACCACUAAGCAUUACUGCACUGUAGAGGACCAAUGGUAAUAGACUUCAGAUUUUCAGCGCCGUCUUCCAAAAAUCACGCCUUACCAGCACCCUUUAGCUGUUAUGGGGAAAACAUUUAGUAUUUUUUUUUUUUUUCCCCUAAAGCCAACAAAGUGUUGGUCAAGUGUACUGUUACUGUACACACUUAGAACAUGUCCCAACCAAGGCAUGCACUGUUAAAUCCUGUAUAGUUUGUACUAGUGUUUUUUUAAAUGUCUGCCCAUCAGACUGUCUACCAAAUGUGCUAUAAAGCUUACAUGAAAGACGACAUCAUGCUUUUAGACUGGGCGCUUUGCCGCUGGCCUUUUGUGCAUCAGUAGUAUGUUUUAAGGUUACUUCAUACACUGUGCUUAAUGUUUAUCCGUACUGUAUGGUUUUAAUAUUAUGACUACAAUGACAUGAUCAGUGUUGAAAGGAUUUCUGAUACUUCUGAUGCUCUGAGGUUUGCCAAGUUUUAUUAAGCAUAAUUAGAUGCAUUUUGAAUGCUUUUCUUUCAUUUUUACCCUUGUCUUA